AUGCCACUUAUCGACUCACAGCCCACUUCUAUACACGGCCGAAAGCCAGGAGAUAAGCACGUUGGCUAUCCUAUUGGCGAUGAGCGUGCUACACUGCUCGUUGAUGGGUUUUGGAACGAGACCAAUGGUCAUUCAGUUGCGAUAAAUGGGGCGCGUAACGGUCGAGGACCCAUACAAGGGGGAGGAAACAUUGAAUUUGGAGGGCCUAACGCCGGCCAACUAAUUGAGUACGUCAACACAUAUGAUCCCCGGUCUUGGACAUGUUUGCAUGUUGCCGAGGGCGUCCUAAACUGCACGAAUACUGUGAUUCAGAACAACGAAAUCGGCCCAUGUGGGACCGACGCGUUUCAGACCUGGGCAGAUGGUAUUAGUUUGAGUUGCCGAAACAGUGUUGUUCGUGACAACUGGAUUGAUUCGCCUACGGAUGGUGGUAUAGUCGUGUUCGGUUCCCCCGGUAGUCUCAUCGCAAACAACACGAUUUGGAUAGAGGACAACACCUUGCUUGGUGGAAUCAACCUGGUGGACUAUGACCCAUUUAAUGGGGAUUUCACAAACACUGUUGUCGAAAACAAUACAAUCAUUGGAGGAUUUGCUACCGACCAACCCACGGAUGCCCAGGAUGCGAAUCUUGGAUAUAAUAAUGAAACAGCUAUAAUCAAGAUGGGCCUCGCCGUCGGCAACCGAGUCUGGUUUGGUGACAAGUUUGGUCGCAACAGAAAUUUUGGUGGAAUUGUUCGAAACAAUAAGUUGACUGGAGCAUUUGGCUGGGGAGUCGCAGUUAGCGGCACCCGGGACUUUGUUGUUGAGAACAACGAAAUCGUAGGAAAUGCGACGUUUAUCGGUUUUCGAGGAGUCAAUUGUACUAUUUACGAGGCACUUCCGAGUCCAGAACCAUUCCUGUAUGAUUCAAAUGGGACCGACUCUACUGUGAUUCCGAGCAACUACCCGGACGUGAGGUUGGAUGGGGCACUGCUUUGCAUCACUUCACCAGACGGAGGUGACUAUUGGCCACGUGGUGGUAGCCCUUAUGGCAAUCCUGAUAAGGACGAGGCUGGAGCCGAAGGUGAAGGAGCAAGCGCUUCAUCUGGGUCAUCAAAAAGCCGAAAGCUCGGCUUAGGACUAGGUAUUACAUUUGGUAUUCUUGCUGCGCUCGUUGCUGCAUGGUUUGUGCGUCGUUGGGCACUAAAGAAAUACGCCCCUACGAAUAGUCCUGCAACACCUCCGAAGUUCUAA